AUGGAGAGCUCCCCGUUGUCUACAGGGGCGGCAGGGGAGCUUCUGGAGCUGGGCGUGGAGCCUACCACCGACCUGAGCACCUUCAACGACAUACGAAACGACAACCGCAACUUUGACUACUACGAGCGGCAGUUUCAGGAGGUGUUGAUGGGGCUGGAGAACGACGAGGUACUGGAGGCCUUCCGCGUGGAGUACGCCGCGCUGCAUCACUCCUUUUUGAAGAGCCACGAUGGUGAGACGCGGCUGCUAAAGAAGUGUCUGGAGCUGCAGGCCGACAUUGAGUCGUGUGUGAUGAAGGUGCAGGCGGCGGAGGAGCUGGCGCGGGGUCGACAAGACCACCAUCGAGGUGCUCAAGGCGGAGAUCGAGAAGACACGGAAUAA